AUGGCUUCACGAUUUACUUCCCGUCGGUUCUUUAAGCCUUUGGCUUAUGGUGCUGGUGUCGCCGUGGCUGGUACCGCCGUUAUGUACAUGAUCUACCGCCCUCGAAACGUGCCGGGCGCAGACACACUCGCUCCGAAACCACCGAGAAGAGACGCCAACGGUGAUAUCAUUCCUCCCAAAUUCCCCUACAUCAAAUCCCGGGCCGAACAGAUUGCGGACCUCAAGAAAUCAUCUGCUCCAUCCGCCGAAAUCUACGAUCUCCUCAUCAUCGGUGGAGGUGCUACAGGCACUGGUAUCGCGGUAGAUGCAGCCACCAGAGGCUUGAAAGUGGCCCUUGUGGAAAGAGACGACUUCAGCAGCGGAACAAGUAGCAAGUCCACCAAGCUUGUGCACGGUGGUGUGCGAUACCUGGAAAAGGCGGUUUGGAACUUGGACUACAACCAGUACCAGCUGGUAGUAGAGGCCUUGAGAGAGCGAAAGACCUUUUUGUACACAGCGCCACAUCUGUCCUCAUGGCUCCCCAUUAUGCUGCCCGUGCAGAAAUGGUGGCAGUUGCCAUACUUCUGGGCCGGAACCAAGUGCUACGAUCUCCUGGCUGGGUCUGAAGGAAUCGAGAGCUCUUAUUUCCUUUCGAGAAGUAAGGCUCUGGACGCUUUCCCUAUGCUCAAGAAGGAAAACCUGGUUGGAGCUUUGGUCUACUAUGACGGUCAACACAACGAUUCUCGAAUGAACGUCUCGCUGGCUAUGACAGCCACUCUAUACGGUGCCACCACAGUCAACCACCUUGAAGUGACGAGUCUUGAGAAGGACGCCAAUGGCAAACUUACCGGUGCCCGAGUGCGCGAUCGCAUUCCUGAAAGGGAUGGGCAGUCCACCGAGGACUUUGUGGUCAAAGCCAAGGGUAUCAUCAACGCAACUGGUCCUUUCUGUGAUGCCAUUCAGCGAAUGGACCAGCCUGACAUCAAGGAGAUCGUCGCGCCCAGUAACGGAGUCCACGUCGUACUCCCUGGUUAUCUGAGCCCUCAGAACAUGGGUUUGAUCGACCCGUCCACGUCCGACGGCAGAGUCAUCUUCUUCCUCCCCUGGCAGGGUAACACCAUUGCCGGAACGACAGACUCGCCCUGCAGCAUUGAGGACAACCCGGUGGCUGGCGAGAAAGAUAUCCAAUGGAUUCUCGAUGAGAUCCGGACAUAUUUGACCCCGGAUAUUGACGUCCGCCGUUCCGACAUUCUCGCCGCAUGGUCAGGUAUUCGACCGCUCGUGCGCGAUCCUAAGUCGAAGAACACCGAAUCCUUGGUCCGAAGCCAUCUUGUUACCGUAUCCGACUCUGGGCUGUUGACCUGCGCUGGCGGCAAAUGGACCACGUACCGACAAAUGGCCGAGGAUGCUGUAGACAAGGCCGUCGAAGCGUUCAAGCUGCAAACCAAGCCGACCAGCUACGUGCCAGACAUCAGCGGCGUCAACGGCAUCGACCCCACCGUCAACCUGUUGGACGGAAGCUGCCAGACACACCACAUCCGCCUGAUUGGCGCGCACGGCUAUUCGACGACCCUUUUCAUCAACCUGAUCCAGCACUUCGGUCUUGACGUCGACGUCGCCAAGCACCUAGCCAGCGACUACGGCGAUCGCGCAUGGGAUGUCGCGGCCCUGGCCGCCCCGAACGAUAACAGCGAGCACUUCCCGCUCCGCGGCCAGCGGCUGUCGUCUCUGUACCCGUUCAUCGACGGCGAAGUGCGCUACGCAGUGCGCAGCGAGUACGCCCAGACCGCGGUGGACGUGCUCGGCCGCCGCACGAGACUGAGCUUCCUCAACGCCCGCGCUGCGCUGCACGCCCUGCCCAAGGUCAUUGACAUCAUGGCCGACGAGCUGAAGUGGAGCCCGAAGCGACGGGAGGUCGAAUGGAAAUCCACCGUCCAGUACCUGCUGAGCAUGGGUCUGCCCGCGGACAUGCUCAACAUCACCCGCGCCGAGGUCGAGAAGGGUUCGAUCGAGUCGAGUGGCCUGGCUCCGGCCCAAGGCAGCUCCAAGACCGUGGAGCCUCUGACGGCUUCGUCCGAGCCCACGGGUGAGCCCCGUGCACCGCUUCCUUAA